AUUACUAUUUGUUUUAUUCCCUUCCAUAAUUAUGCAGGGAAUCAUAUAUGUGGUGGGACUGGGAGUACACUAAAUUUAAUAUCAAAACCAUUUUUCUUAUAAUUAUUGAUUAGCCAUUCUUGGAUCUCAACAUACAGUGGUGUUAUUUAGCUGGGAAAAUAAAAUGGGGAUGGAAACGGGGAGAGAUAGAGAGGGAGGGAUAAAGAGACGAAUGUGUUUGUGUGCAAAAGACGAUUUUCUCCCGGAAGAGUCCUUCCGGAGCUGGGGAAACUACGUUGGUGCUCUGAAGCAAACUCCGUCUAGGCUGGCAGAUCGGGUACUGACCCGGUCCAGUGACCAGACGGAGUUGGACGCCAGAUCCCAAAGCCAAAACGAGAUGAAGAGAACACUGUCAUGGUGGGACCUCAUCUGGUUUGGCAUGGGAGCCGUCAUUGGCGCGGGAAUAUUCGUUUUGACCGGACUCGAAGCCCGAGAGGACGCGGGACCCGCGGUCGUCCUGUCCUACGCCGUUUCCGGCCUCUCCACCUUGCUUUCCGUCUUUUGCUAUACCGAGUUCGCCGUGGAGAUCCCCGUUGCAGGUGGUUCGUUUGCGUAUCUGAGGGUGGAGCUGGGAGACUUCGUCGCCUUUAUCGCCGCCGGGAACAUCCUCUUGGAAUACGUCAUCUCGGGGGCGGCGGUGGCGCGGUCAUGGACAUCAUACCUGGCAACCCUCUUCAACAGGGACCCACAGUCCUUUCUCAUAAGGGCAGAUGCCCUAGCGGAGGGAUACAACCGCCUCGACCCCAUUGCGGUCGUGGUCUGCUUCGUCAUAUGCAUCAUUGCAAUCCUAAGCACAAAGGGCUCCUCACGCCUCAACUACAUUGCCUCGUUUGUCCACAUGAUCGUCAUCCUCUUCAUCAUCGUCGUCGGCCUCGCCAAAUCCAACCCCGACAAUUUCGCCCGGCCCUUCAUGCCCUUCGGGCCCCGCGGGGUGUUCAAGGCCGCGGCGGUCCUCUACUUCGCCUACGUCGGGUUCGACGCGGUCUCGACCAUGGCUGAGGAGACGAAGAACCCCGCGAAGGACAUCCCCAUCGGGCUGGUGGGGUCCAUGGUGAUCACGACCACCAUAUACUGUCUCCUGGCUGUCACACUCUGUAUGAUCCAAAAGUACGACACGAUCGAUGCAAACGCACCGUUUUCGAUUGCGUUCAAGAAUGUCGGGUGGUCUUGGGCUCAGUACAUCGUGGCGUUCGGCGCUCUCAAAGGGAUGACUUCUGUUUUGCUAGUCGGGGCGGUUGGACAGGCGCGUUAUCUAACCCACAUUGCUAGAACUCACAUGAUGCCCCCGUGGUUUUCGCACGUUGACUCCAAAACCGGGACGCCAAUCAAUGCGACAGCGACGAUGAUGGCUGCAACCGCGAUCAUCGCAUUCUUCACAAAACUCGACAUCCUAGCAAACCUCCUAUCGAUCGCCACGCUCUUCAUCUUCAUGCUCGUGGCAAUCGCUCUCCUAGUGCGACGUUACUAUGCCACGGGCCAGACCGCGCCCCGUGACCGCAACAGAUUUAUCUUGUUCCUCUCGCUCAUCCUUGCGUCCUCGGUGGGCACUGCGGCUUACUGGGCGCUGAGUGAGUCCGGUUGGGUCGUAUACUGCGUGACUGUCCCGGUCUGGCUUCUGGCCACAGCCGGGAUCCGAUUCCUCGUGCCCCGUGCGCGGGACCCGAAGCUCUGGGGGGUGCCAUUGGUGCCAUGGCUACCAUCGGCGUCGAUCGCCAUAAACAUUUUCCUCCUAGGAUCAAUAGAUGGAGCCUCUUACAAGAGGUUUGCAAUUUGGACAGCAUUUCUAUUGGUUUACUAUGUCAUGUUUGGGCUUCAUGCUUCCUAUGAUGCAGCAAAGGAGAUGGAACAAAGAAAUAAUGAGGAACAGCUUGGGAAUAAUAUUGAGCUCGGUGGGGCCCCUUGAGAAUAUAUAUGAACUCAAUACUAUGUUUCUUUGCUUUAAUGUCUUUAAUCUUCAUUAGUUUGAUUGCCAAUUAAACAGUUAAGGUAGUA